AUGGAGGAGGAAGAAUCCUGGAUCGCAAGCUUCUGCAACGUGAUCGGUCACGAAUACUUCGCUGAAGUGUCCGAAGAUUUUAUCGAGGAUGACUUUAACCUGACUGGCCUCGGCGCUGUGGUGCCUAUGUACAAAGAAGCCCUUGAGAUGAUCCUAGACGUGGAGCCUGAAGACGAUUCCGAAUCCCCUGGUUCUGCCUCCGAGUCGCUGUCGGAGAACCCAGCCGGCCCCUCGUACCGUCGGCAGCGCGGCCACACUCGCACCGCGUCCGACUACUCUAUGAUAGAAACCUCUGCCGAAAUGCUGUACGGUCUCAUCCACCAGCGCUUCAUCACAUCACGACAGGGUAUUCAGGUCAUGUACGACAAGUACUUAGCCAAUCACUUCGGCUUCUGCCCUCGCGUUAACUGCGUGUCGGCACGCGUCCUCCCGUGCGGCUACUCCGACACCCCCGGCACUGAGACCGUCAAACUCUUCUGCCCCAGUUGCUGCGACAUCUACAUCCCGCCGAACUCGCGCUUCCAGUCCGUCGACGGCGCCUACUUCGGCACCACAUUCCCCACACUCUUCCUGAUGACCUUCCCCGAGCUCGAGAUCGUCGGGAACGGCAGGAAAGACGUCACAGCAAGCAACACCCUCAACUCCGCCGGCGGUCGCAAGGGCGCUGCUAAUAACACCCUUGCCCCCAUCAACGGAGUCCCUGCCAACAACAUCGCCCCCGGACUCGGCAAAGGCCACCGCUACGAGAUGCGCAUCUACGGAUUCCGCGUCAACGAGCGCGCCCGCAGCGGUCCGCGAAUGGGCUGGCUACGCGAGAAGCCAGAGGACCUGGGGGAUCUCAAUGAGAUGACCAAGUCCGGCAAGGGCGCGGGACCCUUCGGGAGCGAUGAUGACGGAAUGGGAAGUGCUAGCGACGAUGAUGAGGAAGAAGAAGAGGAGGAGGAAGAAGACGAGGAUAUGGCGUUUCCCGCCGAUGGCGCUGGUAGAUCGUUGAAGCGCGGGGCUCCGGCGACGGCUACGGGAAGCGAGAUUGGCGCUGGAAACGAGGAGGUCAGGUGA